AUGCGACGCGGUACAAAAGCAUCCGCACGUAACGUCCCCGGCCUGCCCUCUACAACCUUCGUCCUCGACAAUGGAGGCUACACCAUCAAAGCCGGGUUCGCUCCCCCAGAAACAGUGCCGGACACAGAGGCGCUGUCGAAAUGCCACAUAGUCCCCAACACACUCGUGCGCACUCGCGACAGGAAAACAUACGUCGGCGCCCAGACCGAAGUCAUUACAGACUGGAGCGAGGCGUUGUUCCGGCGUCCGGUAGAGAAUGGACAGGUCGUGAGUUGGGAGGCGCAGAAAGAGAUUUGGGACCAGUCCUUUUUUGAUGAGCGGACUGCUCAGAAGGACCUAUCGGUCAAGAACCCGGUGGACACGACUCUGAUCUUCACCGAACCACCAAACACUAUGCCUGCGUUACAGAAGAACGCCGACGAAAUCAUCAUGGAGGAAUGGGGAUUUGGUGGCUACUCCAGGGUGAUCGGCCCUUCACUGAACGCGUACAACGAUCUCCAUCCUCUCUUUGAAGAAGUCCAGACUCCGGCCGAUCAAGAUGCCGACCUGCCCAUGGAAUGCCUACUGGUCAUUGAUAGUGGUUACAGCCAUACCACAAUCACGCCACUGUUCAAUGGUCGGCCGUUACACCGUGCAAUCCGUCGAUUGGACUUUGGAGGCAAACAUUUGACGAACCUACUGAAAGAAGUGAUAUCGGUGCGCCAUUUUGAUCUCCAUCAAGACAACAAAAUCGUCAACGACAUAAAAGAAGACGUCUGUUUCGUCAGUGACGACUUCAAGCGCGAUCUUGAAAAGACGUGGAAGGGCAACCAGGGCAAGAAGGGCGGUGGGAAAGUGGUAGGACACCAUGGUGAUACCAAUGUCAACCUCAACAACCCAACGAGCCAGGAUGACUUCCGAACAACGGACGAGGUUCGAGUCGAUUACAUUCUUCCCGACGGCGUCCAUCUGCUACGAGGGUUCAGUCGCCCAUACGACGCCAUCUCAGCCGCGCGCAAACGCAAACAAGCCGCUUUGUCUGGUCAAGCCGAUGCCGAGAUUGCAAUGACCCUAGGCAACGAGCGCUUCUCCAUUCCGGAAAUCCUCUUCUCGCCCAGCGACAUUGGCUCGAAACAACCCGGCAUUGCCGACAUCGUCAUGCAAUCGCUGGCCGUGCUUCCUCCGCUGGUGCAGGCCACCAUGCUGAGCAACGUGCUUGUCGUGGGCGGGAACGCCAAGAUCCCCGGCUUUGUCGAACGUAUCCAGGCCGAGCUGCGCACGAGAGUCAAGACGGAGUGGAUGGUGCGUGUUCGCAAGAUGCACGAUCCCAUCACAUCGACUUGGCUCGGCGGGGCGAGGUUGGCCAGUCGGUUUCCAGGAACUGUCAGAGAAUACGGCGUCACGCGGCAAGAGUAUUUGGAGCAUGGUAGUGCCUGGGCUGCUCGACGAUUUGUGAAUGGCGGAGGUGGGAAAGGACCUUGA